UUACACCUUUUGUCCACUAGAGGUCGACAAGGUUCCACGCGUUUACGGAAGUUGUUUUGACGGCGUGCUUUUCCACAAGCGCAACACAACUCCACAAUGAAAGCUAUAAUUCAGAGGGUCACCAAGGCUUCUGUGACAGUGGGAGAGGAGCAGGUCAGUUCAAUAGGUCGAGGGUUAUGUGUGCUGCUGGGUAUAUCGGUGGAUGACACACAAAAGGAUGCAGACUACAUUGUUCGCAAGCUCCUGAACCUGCGCCUUUUUGAAGAUGAGAACGGCAAAAUGUGGACUAAAAGUGUGAUGGAGAAAGAGUUUGAGGUUUUGUGUGUUAGCCAGUUCACAUUGCAGUGCAUUUUAAAGGGCAACAAGCCAGACUUCCACUCAGCCAUGCCUGCAGAACUCGCCCAGCCCUUCUACAACAGCAUCCUGGAGAACAUGAGAGGCUCCUACAAACCAGAGCUCAUUAAAGAUGGACAGUUUGGAGCUCGGAUGCAAGUUCACAUUCAGAAUGAUGGACCUGUUACCAUUGAACUGAUGUCACCCUCUGGACCCACUGACCCCAAGCAGCUGUCAAAGCAGGAGAAGCAGCAGCAGAGGAAAGAGAAGACACGCUCCAAAGGUCCCUCAGAGUCAGGCCGUGAGAAAGGAGCGCUAAGGUCCAGACAAGACACCAACGCCAGCAGUGGAGCGGAGGGCGAUGUGUCAUCUGAGAGAGAGCCAUAGAGGGACCGCCAUAGAAAGGCCGCUGAAUACAUGUGGAAAUGCGCCAGAUUUUUCAGGAAGGCCGUGUACCUCUGGGAUGUUGACACCUGAUUUGGGUCCUCCUUCAGGGAAAGCAAAAGGACUCAGUCAGCCCAACAUUGUCCUCUGGUGCCCUCCUCUAACCUGAAGUAAAUUGGACUGGACUGGUGUUUUGACAAAUUCAGCACAAGAGGAAUGGACAUUUUGGGGAUGUGGCAUGAAACAGGAAAUCACUGUGUCCCAGUUGUCAUAGUUGUUUUGCUUUUUUCAAUCUUUCUUUAUUGUCUACUUUGUUCUGCCUCAAAUUUUGCUUUGAAAAUUGCUGGUGGCAUUAAAGCAUAACCCUGCUGCA